AUGUGGAACACGGUAGUGCUUUCCAUAGGCAUCAUCCUUGUAAUACUUCGAGUGUUCAAGAUAUUGCGUCUACGUUCGCAAUUACCUCCUGGGCCCUCAGGUCUUCCAAUCCUUGGAAACCUUUUUCAAAUUCCGACUAGUCGACCAUGGUUAACAUUUGACAAAUGGACAAAACAUUAUGGACCUAUUUUUUAUCUCAAUAUCGCAGGCCAGAACACCGUUGUGUUGGGUACACCUAAAGCAGCAGCAGAUCUCCUGGAUCGACGAGCCAAUAUCUACUCAGAUCGACCAGACUACGUUGUUCUUAAUUUGAUCACUGGUGGCAUGCAUUGGGCCUGGACACAAGCAGAUGACUUGUGGAAGAGACAACGUCGGGGGGCUCAUGAAGCAUUAAGUGUACAAACAGCAAAAGAAUACUUUCCAUACCAAGAAACUGAGUCUGUCAUCAUGCUAGACCAAAUGCUGACUGACCCCGAACAUUUCUUUGAUCAUUUUCAACGCGCCUCGACAUCGCUUACACUCUCAAUAAUCUACGGCUGGCCACCACUGUUAGAUUCUGCCCACCCAAAUGUUUUGCAAAUCAACCAAAUGAAUCGACAGAUCCUUGUGGCAGCAGCUCCUAGCUUUUUCUGGGUUGAGUUUGAGUACUUCAAAUGGAUGAAACAUCUCCCUAGAUGGAUGUGCGCGUGGAGACGUAAUGCAGAAAAGGCUUUUGGAUAUCAUUCCGACGUGCUUGAAGGGUUGUCUGCAGACGUGCAAAAGCGGAUCGAUGCGGGUGACGAGAGCAAAAGUGUAGUCGGAAAGCUUCUCUGGGAUUCUAAAAAUUUGUUUGAGGCUGCGUGGAACUCCGCAUCCAUCUAUUCUGCCGGAUCGGAAACCACUGCAAGUCAACUUGCUUGGUUCAUGCAAGCAAUGGUUCUUUAUCCGGACGCUCAACGAAUAGCACAGGAGGAACUCGACCGUGUAAUUGGACCAGAUCGACUUCCUACAUUUGAUGAUUAUGAGCACCUUCCAUAUAUACGUGCUACAGUCAAAGAAAUUCUACGUUGGAGAGGGGUGGCCCCGCUCGGACUCCCUCACCGACUCAGUCGAGAUGACUACUAUGAAGGCUAUCUUCUACCCAAGGACACGAUAUGUUUUGUGAACAUUUGGUCACUCCACCACGACAAAGAAGUGUACGGCGACGAUGCUGAGCAUUUCAACCCCGGAAGAUUCUUGGAUGCCAACGGAAGGCUCAAGUCUUCUAUUGCAGACACUAAGGAUGAAGGACAUCACAGUUACGGUUUUGGGAAGAGAAUAUGCGUUGGUCGACAUGUUGCAAACAGCAGCUUGUUUAUUCAUAUCGCUUUUCUACUCUGGGCAUUCGAUAUUACUGCGCAAGUAGAUGAAUAUGGGAAGCAUGUCCUUCCUGAUUCGUCUCAAUGCACAGAAGGUCUUACUGUGCGGCCAACAGUAUUUCAUUGCAAUAUCACUACACGCAACAUGGAAGUUGCAGAAAUUGUAGCGCAAGCUAAAGCCGAUAGAGGAAUUGGAAGUUGA